UGUUUAUAGAUAACCAGGGUCAGGGGAGAGAGAGAAAAUUAGAGCAUAAGAGGAGAAGGAGAAACCACAAAACUUGGGGAGCAUUUCAAAACGCAGGACUGCAAGGUGGUGUGCCUCUUCCCCUUGCGGCUCUCCUCCCCCUCCCUAAACCAAAACAAAAUAUUCAGAGUUAUAUUUUGUUUUGUUUUCCAGAGGAGGGAUAAGAAGAUAAGGCUCUGCUUCCCUCCCCUCCGAUAUCAGGGUAGGGAGAUAUGGCGAUGUACGAGCCUAUUAGAGGGUGCUCCGACGACGAUGAACGUCGUAUGGCAGAUCCUAUCAUGAAGGAGAACAUUAAUAUCGGUGGCGGUGAUGGUCGUAUGAACGACGACGUUGAGAUGGCCAUCCAGCCGUAUCAGUCUCCCGCCGGCGGUGGCGCCGCUUAUAUGAAUAGUAGUAACGAAGAAGCGGCGGUGGCGUCAUUGCCUUCGAAGUCGCGGCAACAGCAGCAACGCCUUGGUUCCCUCGACGUCUUUCGCGGACUCACGGUUGUGCUGAUGAUAAUAGUGGACGACAUGGGUGGAAUCCUGCCCGCAAUUAACCAUUCGCCCUGGAAUGGUUUAACCCUAGCAGAUUUGGUCAUGCCAUUUUUCCUGUUUAUGGUUGGUGUUUCCCUUGCACUUACUUACAAGAAACCAUCGUGCGGAGUUGCUUCCACGAGAAAAGCAGUUUUACGAACGCUGAAGCUUCUAGCAUUGGGCCUUUUUCUUCAAGGCGGAUUUUUCCAUCGUGUCAAGGAUCUUACUUUUGGGGUUGAUAUCACAAAGAUGAGAUGGAUGGGCAUUCUACAGAGAAUUGCAAUUGGAUAUUUUGUAGCAGCAUUGUGCGAGAUUUGGCUAAAGCGUGAUAGUAAUGUCAACUCGGGAAGAUCGCUGCUCAGGAAAUAUCGGUCUCAAUUGACGGUGGCUUUGAUAAUCACCACGCUAUAUCUAUCAUUGUUAUACGGAUUACAUGUUCCUGAUUGGGAGUACCAGAUUCCUGUCGAUUCCUCCUCUGCACCAAAAACAUUUUCAGUAAAAUGUGGAGUACGGGGUGACACAGGACCGGCUUGCAAUGCCGUUGGGAUGAUUGAUCGCAAGAUAUUGGGGAUUGAGCAUUUAUAUAAAAGACCAAUCUACGCACGAACGGAGGAAUGCAGUCUUAACUCCCCCGAUUAUGGCCCAUUGCCUGCCGAUGCUCCUUCUUGGUGCCAAGCCCCUUUUGAUCCUGAAGGACUUCUGAGCUCAAUGAUGGCUAUUGUUACCUGCUUGGUUGGUAUGCACUACGGGCACAUCAUUGUCCAUUUUAAGGAUCACCGGGAAAGAAUCCUACACUGGUCUAUCUCAUCCUCCUCUCUUGUAGUCUUAGGCCUCGUCCUCGACUUAUUUGGCCUGCAUAUAAACAAGGCACUUUACACAUUCAGUUACAUGUGCGUCACAGCUGGUGCUGCUGGCAUUCUAUUUGCUUCCAUUUACUUGAUGGUUGAUGUGUGUGGCUACAGGCGCCCGACUAUGGUAAUGGAAUGGAUGGGAAUGCAUGCACUGAUGAUUUUCGUGCUCAUAGCCUGCAAUAUCUUGCCAGUUAUCCUCUUUGGAUUAUAUUGGGGGAAGCCUGAAAACAACAUUCUUAGCUUCGUUGGAAUCGGAAAAUGAAGUCAUAAGGGACAGCUCUCGAGUUAUAUGACUGAAGUGUAGUGCGAGUGCAAGUACAGUCCCUUUUUUCUUGGACUGACCCCAAAAUUGGUCGACUGAUUUUGGUUCGUUUCAUUUCGAGAUAUGUGAGAGAGUGCGGAGUUUGGACUUUCGUAGAGACCCCGGCAGGCAUGCCAACCUUUCUCCCCCACUCUCCUCCCCUCUUUCCAUGUAUUUAGUGGGAGAGCUUCUGUACAGAAGACGAUGAUGCAGCCCCAAGUUUUCUUUGUGAGGCCUGAAAAUUUUAUGGAAUGAUAUAAAAUCGGGGUAUUAUGUAUCUGUCGGUACUUUUAAGAAAUCAAUCAUUUUUAAUGAUC